GCAGACGCCACUUCCUACGCCCACUUCUUGUUCGACGCCUUCGACGCCGACCACAACGGCACUCUGUGCUUCCAGGAUUUCGCCGUGGGGCUCUCGGUGCUGCUGCGGGGGACGGAGCAGCAGAAGCUGAAGUGGGCGUUCGACCUCUACGACGUGAAUAAGGACGGCUACGUCACCAAGGAGGACAUGCUGGAGAUCAUCAAGUCCAUCUAUGCCAUGAUGGGGCCCUGCACAGAGCCCACCCUGCGGGCCAGCGCCCCAGCCCAGCACAUGGAGCUGUUCUUCCAGAAGAUGGACAGGAACGGGGACGGCGUGGUGACCUUCGAGGAGUUCCUACAGACCUGCCAGGAGGACAAGGACAUCAUGAGCUCCAUGCAGAUCUUCCACAACGUGCUCUAGACCCUGGGAACUCCUGGAGACAGGAGGGGACAAGGACAACGCUGCCACCAGAGCCCCCAACAUGGCACUGGCACCUGCAAGAUGGACCCAUUUUGGGGGGCUGAGCCCCCCUCGACAAGGACCCCCCGCCCUGGGUGGCACAGGGACCUGGCAUGGGGCAAACAGGACCCCGACACCAGGGCCCCCCAGGGUGGGGACCCCUGGGACAUGGGGACCCCCUGAGAGGGGACUC